AUGGACGACGAGAAUGCAACACUGUUGAAGGCUCUCCACAGCGACCUUUCCCGGAAAUACCGAUACCAUGCAGCUGUGAUUGAGACCAUCUGGAAAUCGUUUAGCCCCAAUGAACGAGCAAACUGUUUCAAGGCUGGAGCUGCAGAUGGUGCUGUGCUGAAACACCCAUUGGACCGGUCUCUGGGAGUGGUCUACAAAAUCAUCCCGGAGUUGAAUUUGAACGACAUUAUGUCCAACCCAGACUACCUGUUGAACAUCCUCAAAUACCGAGCCACAACAACCCUCUUUGAGCAAUACUGCAACGGCUGCAAUGGCGGCCCCGGAGAUCAUGCUAUCAUUGAAGAGUCAGUGCGCACACAGGGACUAAAGCAUGUCAACUCCUUCAAAAACUGCUACACUAUGUUCCAGGACCCUAUGUAUGCCACGUCUUACAAAAUUGUGGCUCAAGAGGCCCUGGCCGUUUUUGAACCCGCUAUCCGUGCUCGCGUGUGCAUUCCGCAGUCGGUUGGAGAGGAUCGCAGAGCCGAGCCCGAGAGGCCCCAACCUCAAGAAAGGAAAAAAAAGCCCACCGACAAGGGAGCGGCGGCGGCUCUUUCAAAACCACCGACCCAGCGCCCCCAGAAAAAGCUGACACUUUCCGACCUGGUCGUUACUGCUCGUUAUAAUCAAGAUACACGCGAAGGAUAUCUCAAUUUGCUAUCCAGUGAGCCUGUGGUGCUUGCUCACGCUGUGAAUAUUUGGUUCUUCAGCCGCCCAGAGCUCGUUCCUGAUGAAAAAGGACGCCGAUUGCCCGUCCACACGGACAAAUACAUCAGCGGUGCUGUCUUUGAAGCGGUCCACAGUUCAAUACAGGGAGCUGCUAUCUGGAAAUACAUCGCAAGUAUUCUUGAGCAGCUUCAGAGAUCGGCAGGUGACACGGCGUGUCGCCCUCUUCUCCUUCAGGAGAUCUCCAACAUCUGUCAACUUGAGUUGAACCGCGCGCAAACUCUUCUCAAGCGCCAUAUUCAGACCGGAACUGGAUCUAAGUGGUUCAAGCGAACGUCCAAUGCAUAUGACAACGCCGGUAAUCCGCGUGUUGGCAUAAAAGGCAAACCAGAAGACCUUACCACCUCCGACCCUCAGCUUUUUUACCUGUUGCGUCUCUGCCAACCAAAGCUCACUGUUCCUACCGCCGUAAAAUGUGUCAAAAGUCUCAACGAGUAUCACGAAACCCACGCUCGGGACCUGGAAAAGCUGGGGGAGAGAGAGGCCGACGCAUUGGCUGAUCUAGCUAUCAUCGUUAGGUUUAUCCAGGAGUUGUCUUCUGUGAUUCCCAUUCCUUCAUUCUCGAACAACAAGGGGCAGCUGUUCGCCUUGAAAUCACAGGAGCUCGAAUCCGAGUUCAACCAGGUUAAGGAUCAACUUGACUUACUCGAUUUCGUCGUUCCUAUCGACAACCUCUUAGAGCCGGGAAUGGCAAAUGGAGCUUUGAAAAAGCUAGACGAAUUUGUGAUCGAAAAGUCCGGUACAAAAAUGGGAUUCCUGUACCAAGACAUGGUCAUGGACUGCUUGUCUGCUCUUCAGGGCCAAUGCAAUGAGGCCAAGGCCAAGUUGGCUCAGGGCCUAAACGCUGAAAUCUCUUUCGCUCCAGCUAUGAAGGCCCCGGAAUCGACCGCGGUUCGAGUCGAACAGCGGAAGCAAAAAGAAAAGACACGUCCCUCGCAUUCGUCUAUCUAUGACAUCGUUACACCCGCAGAACCGUCUACUCCGCAGCAACCUUCUUUGCCACCGCGGACCUUGAAGGUAGAUGAGUCGACAGCGGAGACCUUCUCACAGCUAUUUUGCAGGUCUCAAUCGCGUGGCUCAGUGCCAUGGGCGAAUUUUACGGAAGCUAUGGGGAAAUUGGGGUUCUCAAUCUCGCCAAAGUACGGCUCGGUUUACACAUUCUAUCCACCGGAUAGUAUGAUGGUAGAUCGGUCGUUUACUGUGCACCGACCGCAUCAGUCGAAAAUCGAAGGCUAUCGUGUUUUAACGAUGGCCCGACGACUGAAGGGUUUAUAUGGAUGGAACGAGGAGACAUUUUAUGUUGAAUGA